UGGGAAAAAGUAGGCACAGCGGGCGGUGCAGGGCAAGCGCAAGCGCAACGGCGGCGAUUUGUUUGUUUGUUUGCAAGUCAGCAGCGACGACGCGACGCGAGGGGAGACCGAAACCCCUCGAGUCCGAGACUCCUCGUUUCCUUCCGUCCCCUCUUCUCCCCUCCAAUCCAAGUCCUUCACUGCCCGAACUCGACCUCCCAUCCACCUCCUCUCCUCCUCCUCAAGCUCGUCGUGUCGUGUCGCCGCUGCCGCCCGAUCUCCCUUUCUCGGCGCCCGCGUGCUGUACUGUUUCGCAGUUUCUUCUUUCCCCCUGAUUUUUGGGAGGUUUUUCUUUCUUUCCUUCCCUGCGCUGCUGCUUCGUUGUGAAGUCUUCUUGCUCCCCGCGCGCGUCCUUCUUCAGGGUUUGUGGCGCUUUAUUAUGUGUUGGAUAUUGGGAUUGGUUGGAAGCGGUUUGAGCUUCUCCCUCCUGCGUUUCUUCGACCGAACAGGCGGGACAUUUUCCUGAUAUUUUCCUUUUCCCGUUGGUUAAUCCGAACUGUUGAGCGUUCGUCUGAUUCAACGGCUUCCAAGUUCUCAAUCUUGGAUAGAAGAGAGAGAAAAAAGGGAAAGAGGACGGAAUCGCGGCUUCUUGGUUUGGUUUGAUUCGAUUUUGUUGGACUGGAAACGUUCGGACGCCCAAAUUGAGUUCUCUGGGUGAAAGGAAUUGUCAAGAGGCAUCCCAUUCUCAAGAAAUGAGGCUUGUGGUGCGCGUGAUCGAGGCCCGGGGCCUCCCGGCGACGGACGCUGACGGGCUGCGCGACCCGUACGCCAAGGCGCAGCUAGGGAAGCAGCGGGCCAAGACCAAGGUGCUGAGAAAGACGCUGAGCCCCGCCUGGGACGAGGAGUUCGCCUUCCGGGUCGGGGACCUCAGGGACGAGCUCCUCGUCUGCGUGCUCGACGAGGACCGCUACUUCGACGACGUCCUGGGGCAGGUCAAGGUGCCCCUCUCCGCGGUGCUCGACGCCGAGAACCGCACGCUCGGGACGCAGUGGUACCAGCUGCAGCCUAAGAGCAAGAAGUCCAAGAUCAAGGAUUGCGGAGAAAUUCGUCUCAACAUAUCUCUAGCUCAGAAUUACUCUGAAGAGACAACGGCACUUGCGCAUUAUGCUUCAGAUGACUUCGCAUCAAAUUCAGACAAAUCAGCUGAAUUAAAGAAAGGAUCUUCUUUGCCGAAUAUACCUAUAGAAAUAACCACAACAGUUUCAGAGAGUGAUGAGAUAGAAAAAUCCAAGGAGGAUAAAUCAAAUGGUAAUCCAUCAUUUGUUAAUAAGCUAUAUCAAAUAUUUUCAGCGAAACCAAAAGAUGCAGAAGCUCCUGCUCCACCUCUCUCCAAGCAGGACAACAGUUCAAAUAUUCUUGAAGAAAUGCCAUCAACUAGCUCACAACUUCCUGAGAAGCAGGAUUGUGAAGCUACUGCAACUAUGACCUUUGAUGAGCUACUAAAGAUCUUUGGGUCUCGGCAUGAAGGGAAAGAAAUGCCUGAAAAUUUGUCAGGUGGAGUAGUUCUUGAUCAAGUUUAUGCUGUUGCACCCAGUGACUUGAACACACUUCUUUUCUCUCCAAGUUCCAACUUUCUGCAAUCACUAGCGGAGAUUCAAGGAACUACUAAUCUUGAAGUUCAACAAUGGAGACAUGAAAAUAACGGUGAAAUCUUGAAGAGGGUAGUAAGCUACACAAAAGCUCCUACUAAACUAGUUAAAGCUGUGAAAGCAACGGAGGACAUGAUAUAUAUGAAGGCAGAUGGAGAGAUGUUUGCAGUUUUGGCAGAUGUCAGUACUCCUGAAGUUCCUUUUGGCAAUACUUUUAGAGUGGAGAUUUUAACCUGUAUAAUGCCAGGGCCUGAACUACCAGAUGAUGAAAAGUCUUCACGUCUUGUAGUCUCUUGGCGCUUAAAUUUUGUCCAAAGUACCAUGAUGAAGAGCAUAAUUGAAAAUGGGGCAAAACAAGGCUUGAAGGAGAACUACUCUCAGUUCUCUGAGCUCGUGGCUCGGAAUGUCAGGCCAGUUGAUACAAAAGAUACAACAGCCAGUAAUGAAGUCUUGUCUUCAGUGCAACCAGAGAAAGAAUCUGAUUUGAAGCUAGCAUUUCGAAUAUUUGGAAAUUUUACUGUUAUAUCCUCUAUUUUUGCGUUUGUUUAUGUUUCCGCACACAUCAUCCUUGCAAGUCCUAGUAUAAUUCAAGGUCUUGAAUUCCCGGGCUUGGACUUGCCAGAUUCUGCUGGUGAAGUUGUAGUUUGUGGAGUUCUAGUUCUACAAGGACAGCGUGCCCUAAAUAUGAUUGCACGAUUCAUACAGGCAAAGAGGCAGAGAGGUGAUCAUGGAGUCAGAGCACAAGGUGAUGGCUGGUUGCUAACUGUUGCUCUGAUCGACGGAACUAACUUGGCAGCAACUAAAACAUCUGGUUACUCUGAUCCAUAUGUUGUAUUUACUUGCAAUGGCAAGACAAAGACAAGUUCGAUUAAAUUUCACACCCUGGAGCCUCAGUGGAAUGAAAUAUUUGAAUUUGACGCCAUGGAAGAUCCUCCAUCUGUGAUGGAAAUAAAUGUGUAUGAUUUUGAUGGACCCUUUGAUGAGGUUGCCUCCCUUGGUCAUGCUGAAGUAAAUUUCUUGAAAUCUAAUAUAUCCGAGCUUGCCGACAUUUGGAUUCCUCUGAAGGGGAAGCUAGCUCAAGCAUGUCAGUCAAAAUUGCAUUUGAGAAUCUUCUUGAACAAUACUAGGGGUACUGAAGUCAUGAAAAAUUACCUAGACAAAAUGGAGAAAGAGGUUGGCAAAAAGAUUGCUGUGAGGUCUCCUCAUACAAACUCAGCAUUCCAGAAAAUCUUUUCUUUGCCAGCAGAAGAAUUUCUUAUCAAUGAUUUUACUUGUCAUUUAAAGAGGAAAAUGCUAACGCAGGGUCGCCUUUUUUUGUCUCCAAGAAUAAUUGGGUUUUACACGAAUCUCUUUGGCCACAAAACUAAAUUCUUCUUUCUUUGGGAAGAUAUUGAAGACAUCAUAGUGGUCCCUGCAACCCUAUCUUCAAUGGGAAGUCCAUCUCUAUUUAUUAUUCUUCGCAAGGGCAGAGGAAUGGAUGCAAAGCAUGGAGCGAAGCAACUGGACAACGAAGGAAGACUCAAGUUUCAUUUCCAAUCUUUUGUGUCAUUCAAUGUGGCGCAUAAAACAAUAAUGGCACUGUGGAAGGCAAGGUCCUUGACCCCUGAACAAAAAGUACAGCUUGUAGAAGAGGAAUCAGAAAUGGAAGACGCCCAAAGUGAGGAAAAUGGAUCUUUCUUAGGGAUAGAGAAUGCCAAAAUGUCUGAGGUGUUCUCAUCUACAAAACAUAUUGAUGUAUCAAAACUCAUGGACAUAUUUGAGGGUGGUCCUUUGGAACGUCGAGUAAUGGAGAAGGUUGGUUGUAUGGAGUACUCUAUUACAGCAUGGGAACCAGUGAGAGCUGAUGUUUACCAGAGGCAAGUUCAUUACAAGUUUGACAAGAAAUCAGCACGGCAUGGGGGAGAAGCAAUGAGCACCCAACAGAAGUCUCCUUUGCCUGAUAAGAAUGGAUGGCUUGUGGAAGAAGUGAUGACACUUGAAGGCAUCCCAGUUGGUGAAUGUUUCAAUCUCCAUAUUCGAUACCAUCUGGAGAACAUUGCAUCCAAGCAGAAGACUUGCACUGUCCAAGUAUCUAUUGGCAUAGCAUGGUUAAAGAGCUGCAAGAAUCGAAAGAAGAUCACGCAGGACAUAGAAUCCAGUGCAUCUUCUCGCCUCAAGAAGAUAUUCAGCCAACUCGAGAAGGAAUCUAUACCGCUGCCAGCUAAGUAGGAACCUUUUUUUCCACGUCCUACUUUUGCUGAUGCACACAUGGAUUACCAGAAAGGAGUUCCUGAUAUGUUGUUCUUGACGGCACCUUGCUCAAGGAUCAGUCCAUGCUGAGCAAGGAUCAGUACAUAAUGAGCAAGUUUCAACACAAGGCAAAUUGCGCCAUUCCCUAAACAAGGGCCUCAGAUUUUGGAUUGAAGUACUAACUGCAAUGUGUAGAAUGUGGUUUGGUUGACCAUGAAUACAGGAUGUUCAAAUAUCGUUCUGACUUAAACAAAAUGGUGAGAGGAUCAGUAUCUUGCCCACACCCUUCUAGUUAGAUUAGAAGCACAGGUCUGUGUCCAUGAGUAACAGAAAACCGUGCAGAUUGCAUCACCAUUCUUUUUUUCCCCUGUAGUUGUACUCCUGCAAAAGUUGCAUUUUCUGUUGUUAUGAACAAGAAUGAAAUGAAAGGAAUACCAAAGCAACCCUUCUUUUUUUUUUUUU